GCGUUCACGCUCCGCGUUCUGUCUCCGCCUCCCCACAGCAAAAUGGCGACCGUUGACUACGACGAGGCUGCGGGACCGGAGAUGGAGCUCAGCGACGAAGAGCUGGAAAGGGAAGCAGAGGGCUACAAAGAGCAAGGCAAUGCUUUUUACAUUAAGAAGGAUUAUUCUGAAGCGUUCAACUACUACACCAAGGCCAUAGAUGUGUGCCCGAAGAACGCCAGUUACUAUGGCAACCGUGCGGCCACUCUAAUGAUGCUGAGCCGCUACAGAGAGGCGCUAGAAGAUUCCCAGCAAGCUGUGCGGCUAGACGACACUUUCAUGAAGGGUCACCUACGGGAGGGCAAGUGCCACCUGUUGCUUGGCAAUGCUAUGGCUGCCAGUCGCUGCUUCCAGAAGGUUCUGGAGCUGGAGCCAGACAACAGCCAGGCUCAACAAGAACUGAAGAACGCAGAGUCAAUUCUGGAGUAUGAGCGAAUGGCUGAGAUUGGUUUCGAAAAGCGAGACUUCAGAAUGGUUGUGUUCUGUAUGGAUCGAGCAUUGGAGUCGGCUUCUGCGUGUCACAGGUUUAAGGUGCUUAAGGCGGAAUGCCUGGCGCUGCUCGGCCGCUACCCAGAAGCCCAGUCUGUCGCCAGUGAUAUCUUGCGGAUGGAUUCCACUAACGGUGAUGCCCUGUAUGUGAGGGGCUUGUGUCUGUAUUAUGAAGACUGCAUCGAUAAAGCUGUGCAGUUUUUCAUUCAGGCACUCCGCAUGGCGCCUGAUCACGAAAAGGCUCGUCUGGCCUGCAGAAAUGCCAAAGCACUGAAGGCUAAGAAAGAAGAGGGAAACAAAGCAUUUAAAGAGGGUAAUUUUGAGGAGGCCUAUGAUCUCUACUCGGAGGCCCUGACCAUUGAUCCUAACAACAUCAAAACCAACGCCAAGCUCUACUGCAACCGGGCCACUGUUGGCUCCAAGUUAAAGAAAUUGGAGCAGGCCAUAGAAGACUGUACAAAGGCUAUUAAACUGGAUGAAUCCUAUAUUAAAGCUUACUUAAGGAGAGCCCAGUGUUACAUGGACACAGAGCAGUAUGAGGAAGCAGUGCGAGACUAUGAGAAGGUCUAUCAGACAGAGAAAACUAAAGAACAUAAACAUCUGCUGAAGACUGCUCAGCUGGAGCUGAAGAAGAGUAAAAGGAAAGAUUAUUAUAAAGUUCUCGGAGUGGACAAAAACGCCACAGAAGAUGAGAUCAAGAAAGCUUACCGCAAACGAGCCCUUAUGCACCAUCCAGACCGUCACAGUGGAGCGAGUGCUGAGGUGCAGAAGGAGGAGGAAAAGAAGUUUAAAGAAGUGGGCGAAGCCUUCACCGUGCUUUCUGACCCCAAGAAGAAAUCGCGCUAUGACAGUGGUCAUGACCUGGAGGAUGAUGACAUGAACAUGGAUUUCGAUGCCAACAACAUCUUCAAAGCGUUCUUCAGCGGCCCUGGCGGAUUCAGUUUCGAAGCAUCUGGACCUGGAAAUUUCUUUUUCCAGUUUGGCUAACUGGGCAUUCUCCAGCAUGUAUGCAGUAGACCCACACGACCACCAGACUACCCCAAAACGGACUCUCCCACCACUCCCACUCUAUACUACUCUGUUCUGUAAUGGACCCUGAGUCCGUGCCAUUGACUUGAUCUGAUGCAACAAGGUGUUUACGGCCAGUAAAUGAUCAUUCUGUAAACAGCCAUUUCGAAAACGACUGCAAAAUGCACCAAUCCUCUCUGAAUAAGACCCCUUCCUUUUGGAUCGCAAGCUUUUUAAUUAGGGUUUGUCAUGAAACCACUGCAGUCUCCACAGUUAUGUUUCAAUAAGUACCUUAAAUAAUGGUCCUCAUUAACUAACCACUUCAACAAACCAAUGGCAUUUGGUUAGUUUGCUCAUGGAACUGUGUAGUUCAAACGUUUUCAUGUGGUGAAUGUAGAAUGCUAUGGUUCAUGGCUACCACAGACUGAAAAAGUCUCACAGCGUUCAUUAUGUCAGAGCAAGAAUCGCACAGGAAAUUAUCUAAACUUUAACUCCCAUCAGCCCCUGCUCCCCAUGCCAUCAAAGCUAAGCUUACACUGCUUGCUUGUAACUUGGGGUCUUGUGAUACCCAAAGGUGGAACUAAGACCAGCAUCACAAGUUUACAAAUGAACAAAUCAAGCAAAGACAUAGUUCUCGGAUUAAAGUGAGCCAUCAUCUCAUUUGUUUUUUCAAUCUCCUCAAAUGCUGUGAUGCUACGUGAAUACACAUACCUGUCCCAUGCCAAAUUAGAAACAGAAAUGAGCCCUGUUUGUUGAAUAUUCUCCCACUGGCUGGGUUAAAUUUACGUAAAAUUUCACUUUUCCACUGUACGGCUUAACUCGACUCAGCUCGCUUUUGGUACCAGCUACUUCAUAGCACCAGGUACCCGAUUUGCCAACUGUACUACUGCAUAUAAGAGUGCAGAGAGUGUGGUGAUCCAGCGCCUCCUAGUGGUCUCUUCUCUCUCUGCAACAUUCAUGUUUCAAUGUUGCCAUUCACCUGUUGCUGCAUUGUACAUUUUACUGGAAUGUAAAGUGUUUCUUUGUGUUGAUAGUUGACAACUGUUUAUUAUUUUUUUUUAAACUAUGAAAUGCAUUACGGUGGCCGACAAGUCCCUGUUCACCGUACAAUUAAAAACACGUUGCAAACUCAAACACAGAAAACUCAUCAAAAUCACUACAAAACGCAAACGUGCUGCAAAUACAGAAAACACUUUAAUUAAAAUGCUGUUACAUCAGAUCUACAUUUUACAGAUGCACAGCAAAUAAAGAAAAUGCAGGCAACUUCAGAAACACUGCAAAGCCAGUCCAAACACCUCGGAAGUGAGCUACAACACAAGGGAAAUGUUUCUGGAAGGCUCAAAGGGGAUAAAAUAUCUGUGAAUGAAAAUCACUGACAAAAGUAGAUACGUUCACAGACACUCACAUCCCAAGUUCAUGGUUAACUUGGCUGGCUAGUUUGCUAUCUGACAUGUCACAGCUGUGCUGUGGUAGUUAAUCUGGUAUUACUAGUUUAACUCUGACAGUUACACUCUAAGUCACAGCUAAUUCCCAUUAUGGUACAGUGUUAGUAGUAAUUUGCUCAAAUAAAAAUUAACUUACUUUCACCGCUGAGUGUUUAUGCUGCAUUGAAUUUAAAAGUCUGAAUGGCUCCGUCCUCUUUGAGUGUCCUCCAGAAAUAGCUCCAUUGUGUGGUGACCGGCUUAUCAGCGUUUCUAAAGUUUGUGUUUUCUGUAUUUGCAGCGUGUUUGUGAAAUGUAGCGUCAGUGUCGUUAUUUUGAUGACAGUGCUUUCUGAGUUUGUAGAGCGUCUAAUGAAUUUACAGCGCGUUUGUAAAGUGCAGCGCCCAUGUUGUUGUCAUUGUGUUGAAAGUGUUUCCUGCAUUUGCAGCUCGUUUUUUGUUUACAGUUUGCUGGGUCUUCUCAGCCACCGUGAUAUAGUCACUUUUUUGAUAUCAAUAUUUAUUGUAAAUUCACAGAGCCAGAUGUGAGCCACUGAGGAGUUCUGAGUGUGGAUGGAUGAUCUUUAGAUGCACCAGGAUCUGUAUGUUUACAGAUGGCAGGGCUGGGGAGAGAUUUUAGUAGCUUUCUGCUUUUCCACCAGGUUGUAACUUGCAACUGGUGAGGUGGGAGCUGGAGCCACUCCGACUGCUUUUGCCCAGGCUGGUUACAGACGGCUCGCUUUCUGUGAAGGGAUCUAGAGCAAAUAGAUGAAGGUAUAACUCAUGGGCCUGGGUGCAGUUCCACACCAUGCCGGUUAAAGGAUAACGUUAGAGCAUUUUUAGAAACUGGAAUUUGGAAAUUUGCUGUACAGGUGUCUCCCCCUGCAUGCUACAUUAAACAUUACCCUGUUUGCCUAAAGCCUCAAGUAUGCUUCAGUUUGACACUAAGCUGCGUUGCCUGUCCUAAGAUCCCUGUGGUGCAGCCAAAAGAUAACAUCCACAUUGGUGUGGCUCAUGCUAAAGGAACAGUCUUGACUAUGGACCGUUUUCAAAUAGCCAUGUAAAUAAAGUUAGUUUUUCUGGUCCCCCCCCCCUUUA